UCAUACCUUUCUAGAGGCAGGGGGUGAUCUCACUAUUUGUAAAGCCCAGCCCUUUCCAAUCUGCAGGCUCACCUUCCAGGACGGAGCCCGGCCCAUUUUUUCCAUAUAUAAGCUGCUGCCGGGAAGCUCCUCUCAUAGAUCUGCUCCUUUCAGCUCUGCCUUCCACCUCUCACACCCUUCUCAACCUCUUCUUCUUCAGGAACCAUGUCUUACAAAUCCACUGUGAAGACCCAAAGCAUCAGCCGCAAGGGCUUCAGUGCCGGCUCAGCCAGAGUCCCUGGCGUGUGCCGCUCUGGCUUCAGCAGCGUGUCCCUGUCCCGCUCCAGGGGCAGUGGCGGCCUCGCUGGAGUGUGUGGAGGAGCUGGCUUUGGCAGCCGCAGCCUCUAUGGCCUGGGGGGCUCCAAGAGGAUCUCUAUUGCAGGGGGCAGCUGUGCCAUUGGUGGUGGCUACGGCGGCAGAAUUGGAGUUGGCUAUGGCUUCGGAGGUGGAGCCGGGAGUGGAAUCGGUUUUGGUGCUGGGGCUGGUAGUGGCUUUGGGCUCGGUGGUGGAGCUGGCUUUGGAGGUGGCUUCGGUGGUCCUGGCUUCCCAGUAUGCCCCCCUGGAGGCAUCCAAGAGGUCACCAUCAACCAGAGUCUCCUGACUCCCCUCAACCUGCAAAUCGACCCCACCAUCCAGCGGGUGAGGACUGAGGAGCGGGAGCAGAUCAAGACCCUCAACAACAAGUUUGCCUCCUUCAUCGACAAGGUCCGAUUCCUGGAGCAGCAGAACAAGGUCCUGGACACCAAGUGGACCCUGCUGCAGGAGCAGGGCACCAAGACCGUGAAGCAGAACCUGGAGCCUUUGUUCGAGCAGUACAUCAACAACCUCAGGAGACAGCUGGAUAGUAUCCUUGGGGAGAGAGGCCGCCUGGACUCGGAGCUCAGGGGCAUGCAGGACACGGUGGAGGACUUCAAGAACAAGUAUGAAGAUGAAAUCAACAAGCGCACAGUAGCAGAGAAUGAAUUUGUGAAUCUGAAGAAGGAUGUGGAUGCUGCCUACAUGAACAAGGUUGAACUGCAGGCCAAGGUAGACGCUCUCACAGAUGAGAUCAACUUCCUAAGAACCUUCUAUGACGCAGAACUGGCUCAGAUGCAAACCCACAUCUCAGACACUUCUGUGGUCCUCUCCAUGGACAACAACCGCAACCUGGACCUGGACAGCAUCAUCGCUGAAGUCAAAGCCCAGUAUGAGGAGAUCGCUCAGAGGAGCCGGGCUGAGGCUGAGUCGUGGUACCAGUCCAAGUACGAGGAGCUGCGGGUGACGGCGGGCAGACACGGGGAUGACCUGCGCAACACCAAGCAGGAGAUCUCUGAGAUCAACCGCGUGAUCCAGAGGCUGAGAUCUGAGAUUGACCACGUCAAGAAGCAGUGCGCCAGCCUGCAAUCCGCCAUCGCCGACGCCGAGCAGCGUGGGGAGCUGGCCCUCAAGGACGCCAGGAACAAGCUUGCUGACCUGGAGGACGCCCUGCAGAAGGCCAAGCAGGACAUGGCCCGGCUGCUGAAGGAGUACCAGGAGCUCAUGAAUGUCAAGCUGGCCCUGGACGUGGAGAUUGCCACCUACAGGAAGCUGCUGGAAGGCGAGGAGUGCAGGCUGAGUGGGGAAGGCGUUGGACAAGUCAACAUCUCUGUGGUGCAGUCCACUGUCUCUGGUGGCUAUGGUGGUGCCAGCGGUCUCGGCAGUGGUUUAGGCGUAGGCGGAGGAAGUGGCUACUCCUACAGCAUUGGAGGUGGCUUCAGUUCUGGCAGUGGUAGAGCCAUAGGGGGUGGCUACGGCUCCUCUGGGGGCAGCAGUUCCACCAUCAAAUACACCACCUCCUCCUCCUCCAGCAGGAAGAGCUACAAGCACUGAAGUCCUGCCAUGGGCUCAAGCUCCCACAAUGUCUCAGACUCCCUCUCUAGCUUCACCGCCCUCUCCUCCAAUUACUUCCUCUCUUCUGCUCCCUUCUUCUCUUACUCCUUGAAUUAGAACUGAAAUUACUGAUUACCCUCAUCUUCUCUCUCCCAAAACCUGUUACCCAUGAGGUUCCAUUGUUCAGCAUUGGAAGGUCACCGCUUGGGUCCUAUUCCAUAACAGGGCAAUCCUACUUGCUUUCCACUGGCCCAGGAGACCCCAUCUCAGAGAUGUUGUGUUCCUCCCUUGCAGUGAUCAUUAAAGUACAAGUGGUUCUUUGAUGUACAGGGUUUGUAUCCCUGUGGUGCUUCCUCUGCUCUUUCCCCCCUUGUAUUGCUAAAUAAAGCAGAUUUAUAAUAUAA